CGACUUCUUAGUUCAUUGUACUUUGUAUAAUUUUGUACCGUCAGUUGCCAAUAACGCACCCUUAAAUAGGCUGAUCUUCAGAUCCUGCAUAUAACUGCAGCUUGAAAGAACUUCAAUUUCCUUUGUUUUCAUGAAAUUGAGGGGAGCAUAGGAACAUUCCUCCAGCUCACACUUGAUGGUAAUGCAAUUGAUAAAAAAGAGCAAAUUUUCUUCUCACAUUUGAUUAUUGUUGUUAUUUUCUUCUCUCAUCAUAUCAUAGGAAGAAACUGCAACAUGUUUUAAUAGCAUGCUAUGCUCCUUUUAUUGAGCCUCCUGGAGUUUGAUUUCCUUCCUGUAAAAACUUGCUACUCUAAUAACUAAAAUAAUUAGCAUCGAUAAUUCAAAGCGUUAAUUAAUCGCACGCAGCUCGGGAGGAAAAUCAUCAAUAAAAAUAGCACGUCAAGCUAUUAAUUAGGAAUCCCCGAGCGACCGACCGGAAAGUUUCGAAUUUUAGGGAAUCGGGAAAAUACUAUUCCAAAUUUGACAUCUAAUUAGCAUCGAUUAAGCGCGGUUAUUUUGAAAAAGAAACCCUAAAUAGGAAAGGAUCUGCUGACAAAGUUCCCAAAUCUAUCAACAGCAAAUUAGAUUCCUUAACCGGUACUAAGAUUCCUCUCGGCUCUACCCUAUAGAAAGCCUAGCGCUUCCAUUGAAAAAUUAAAAAAAAAAAGAAAAGAAAAGAAAAGAAAUCCCCACGAUUUGUUAUUAUUAACAGAAGAAGCUGAAAAAUCUAAUUUUCGCGUGGGCUUCGAGAAUCAUCAAGCUUCAGUCUCCAGUUUGAAAAAAAUGAGCUUCCACUCUGCUGCACAAUCCUUCACCCCAUCAGAUAGCCAAUCUCAACUGGGCAAUACCCAUGUGCCCAUUUCCCCAUUUGACGACCCUCCGAUCCUCCCUUCGACGAUUCAUCCAUUGGGGCAUUCCGUUGAUCAAACUUUCACAGAUGACGAUACCAGAUUUAUGUCUCCUAGGAUGAGGAGCUAUGAUGUGUAUAUUGGGGUUACUUCUUGUAGAAAGCGGCCUACGAUGGUUCGGUUCGUUAGGUGGCUUCAGGCUGAGCUUGAGAUGCAAGGCGUUUCUUGCUUUGUGAUUGAUCGAAGUCAGUGUAGGAGUGCUUAUGAUCAUGGUGUUGCGAGGUCAGUGAUGGAUGCGGCUUCAUUUGGGGUUGUGGUGGUCAAUGAGAAAUCGUUCUCGUGCCCUUAUAGUAUGGAGGAGAUUCGAUUCUUUUUGGAGAAGAAGAAGUUGGUACCAAUAUUCUUUGGGCUUGCUCAAGUUGAGUGCAUUCCUAGAGAUAUCAUUGAAAAGAGAGGGGAUGUGUGGGAGAGAUUUGGGGGUAGGUUAUGGGAGGUAUGUGGUGAUUUGGAAGUUGAAUGGAGGGAGGCUGUAAAUGGGCUUUCACGGCUGAAUUUAAAAUUGGAGGCUAAUGCUAGUAAUUUGAGGGAUUGUGUAUCGGAGGCUGUGGUUAUUUUUGGAUCGGAGUUGGGGAGGAGGAGAGUAGUGGAGAGGGUGAAGAGUUGGAGGAAUAUGGCGGCUGAGGAGUUUCCUUUCCCUCGAAAUUCUAAUUUUGUUGGUAGAAGCAAAGAGCUUCUUGAGCUCGAGUUGCUAUUGUUUGGAGAUGUUGAAGGAGAACGCGAAGAGAGUAGAAAUCAAAGAAGGCAAAGAAUGGCUAAGGUGGUGAUGAGAGAAAGAGUUGUGAAAGAAUCUGAGGAGAGGAGGAGAAAGUGCAAAGAGCCAUUAGUGCAGAAAGAGUAUGUGGAGGAGAUCAAAGCACAAGGCGAACCAAGAAAAGUAAAUUUAGAAUAUGGAAAGGGGAUAGCAUGUGUCUCCGGUGACUCUGGCAUUGGAAAGACGGAGCUUUUACUAGAAUAUGCAUAUAGCUUUUCUCAGAGGUACAAGAUGAUCUUAUGGGUCGGUGGGGAAUCAAGGUAUCUUCGUCAUAAUUAUAUGAAGCUACUUCCUCUCCUAGGAAUCGAUACAGAUACGGUGAACAAGCUUUCUUCCGACAAGAAAGGGCCACAAAGCUUAGAAGACAUGGAAGAUGAGGCAAUUAGAAGGGUAAGGAAGGAACUUUCACGGGACAUCCCGUACCUACUAGUGAUUGAUAACUUAGAGAGGGAGAAGGAUUGGUGGGAUGGAAGGACUAUAAAAGAGCUCUUCCCUCGUUUUGGAGGGGCGACCCAUGUUUUAAUCUCCACCCAUUUGCCUAAAAUCAUGGAUAUCAAACCCAUGAGGCUUUUGUACUUGUCUAGCGCAGAGGCGAUGAUUUUAAUGAAUAGAAGCACUGUUGAUCUUGGCACAGAAGAUGCUAAUGCACUGAGGAUUCUCGAGGAGAAAGUAGGGAGGCUUCCUUUUGGUCUAGAACUUGUAGGAGCUGUACUUUCUGAGUUUGCAAUGAAACCAUCAAAACUCAUUGAUGCAAUUAAUAGUAUGCCUUACAAAGAAGUGACAUGGAAUAAAGGGGAAGAUCUUAUAUUGAAGUGUAAUCCUUUCCUCGGACAGUUAUUGGAAUUUUGCUUGUCAUUAUGCAAUCAAGAACUAAGUAAGUUAGCAUUGCGGAUAGUUCAAGCUAGUGUCUUAUUUGCCCCUUCACCGAUACCUGUACCAAUUUUAACUUUGGCUGCAAAAGAGCCUUCAAGAGAGCAUCACAAUUCUCGGUUUUGGUUGAAGUCUCAAUGUAUGCCUAUGUGCAUGUGUAUACCUUCAAGAGAGCAUCACAAUUCUCGGUUUUGGUUGAAGUCUCAAUGUAUGCCUAUGUGCAUGUGUAUAGAAACACCAUGUGGAAAAAUUUCAGAGGUUGAGGUUUUGGCUAUGCUCUUGAGAUUGCGAAUUGCUAAGUCUACUACUAAAAUAGAUCACAUUUCUUUCCAUGAUAUUGUUAAGUUGCAUGCCUACAAAAAAGGCAAUAGUGGAAUUGCUCAUUCAGUUGUGCGAGCAAUAAAGUUUCAAGCGUUCACCCCACAACACACGGAGCAUAUAUGGGCUGCAUUUUGUCCUCCCUCUUGCAAUGCAUAG